CACUUCUUUCUACCUGGGAAAAAGAAACGUCCUUUUGCAGCUGUCGGGUGGAUGUAUCGUUCAAACGCGGCCAAAGUUAGAUGUGCUUUAGUUUCCAAAAUCCGUGAUUCCUCCUCGACUCUAAAGUUUCGUCCUCCAAUCUGGUGACAGACGCGCGCGUGCGUGCGUGCGUGCGGCAGAGCGAGCGGACGGAGGGACGCGUGCACGCAGGAGGGGUUGACAGGAGCGGGCUGAAAGGGGAGAUGCUGUGCCGCCUGCGCGUCUCUGUGCGCGCGUCUCUCCGCGCUCCGCUCGUCUGAAGCUCCGGCGCGAUGCGGGUCUAACUGCCGCUGCGGGGCUCAGGGGUUGCGGGAGAGUUUCGGAUGCUCGCUGUUGGAUUUACAAAAAUGUGCCGCCCGAAGAAAAGCGGAUCCGUGUGACGAGUUCGUUUUCGAAUCCCCUUAACAGCUCCCCGACACCCCACGAGGCGCAAUGAUUUUAACCACUUUGGUCAUGCUGCUGUCCUUCCCGGACUCGUUGGUCACCUUGAAGGGCGGCCCGUCCUCCCGGCCCGCGCGCCUGGACUGCGUAAAGGCCAGCGAGCAGUGUCUGAAGGAGUACAGCUGCAGCACCAAGUACCGGACCAUGAGGCAGUGCGUGGCGGGAAGGGAGUCCAACUUCAGCGCGGUCACCGGUCCGGAGGCGCAGGGCGAGUGCCGCAGCGCCAUCGACGCCGUGAAGCGGAGCCCCCUCAACCACUGCAGGUGCAGGAGAGGCAUGAAGAAGGAGAAGAACUGUCUCCGGAUCUUUUGGAGCAUUUUUCAGAGUUUACAGGGUAAUGAUUUGCUGGAGUACUCUCCGUACGAACAAGUCAAUAGCCGGCUCUCGGAUAUCUUCCGCUUGGCGCCCAUCAUAGCCGUCGAGCCUGCCUCUACAAAGGAGAACAACUGCCUGAACGCCGCCAAGGCCUGUAACCUGAACGACACGUGUAAGAAGUACCGCUCGGCGUACAUCAACCCGUGCACCAGCAGGGUGUCUACUUCGGAGGUGUGCAACAAGCGCAAGUGCCACAAGGCCCUACGGCAGUUCUUUGACAAGGUUCCGGCUAAAUACAGCUACGGGAUGCUGUUCUGCUCGUGUGCGGCGGGGGAUCAGACGGCGUGCGCGGAACGCCGACGACAAACCAUCGUGCCCGUCUGCUCUUACGAGGACAAAGACAAGCCCAACUGCCUGUCCCUCCAGAACACGUGCAGGACCAACUACAUCUGCAGGUCGAGACUGGCAGACUUCAUCAGCAGCUGUCAGCCAGAAGCUCACUCCAUCUCCGGCUGCCUGAGAGAGAGCUACGCCGACUGCCUGCUCUCCUACUCGGGGCUUAUCGGUACGGUGAUGACGCCCAACUACGUGCAAUCGCUGGACCUCACCCUGUCGCCGGGGUGCGACUGCGGCAGCAGCGGGAACAGCAAGGCGGACUGCGAGCGGUUCGCCCAGUAUUUCGCCGGAAACCGAUGCCUACGAAACGCCAUCCAGGCAUUCGGCAACGGUACGGAUGUGGGAGUGUGGCAACCUCAGCCCCCAAUCGAGCCGACCGCACCGGAGCCCGGCGUCACCCGGGGGGGCAAAGACCGGACCAACAGCGGGCUGGAUGCACUCAAUGACAUCACCAAACUGGACCUCGACGAAGGCUCCUUAUAUCACACCUGCGGGACCUUACAGGCCCAAAAGCUGGUGUCCAACGAGACAUUUGAUAACACCCAGUGUGUGAACCCCCACCUGGACGAUACCAGCAACGCCAACGCCAGGAGCCCGGCAGCCGAGCCCCCCUCCGCCGCCCCCCCCAGCGCGCUCCUCUGGCUCGCCUUGCUGCUGCUGCGGCCCGACGCCUUGCGGCUGUUGUAGGAGACGGAGGACGGUGGAUCGGCAAGAAGUGAUUCAACUCAUUUUUUACAUUUUUUUUUUAUUUAGACAUUCAUCCAAAGUGUGACACCGGCAUAUAUUAUUUUUGUAGAAAGGCAAACAAUCAAUGGAGGGUGAGAGCGCGU